AAAGCUAAAACCAAGAAAAUGUCUGGUGUAUGGGUUUUUAGGAAUAAUGGUGUAAUUCAGCUAGUUGACAAUCCAGCAGCAGAACAAGGAGAUGCAAGGAAUGGUACCAGAAGAAAGGCUUUGGUUCACUUGCCCUCAGGCCAGGUGAUUUCGUCGUAUUCCUACCUCGAGAAUAUCCUAAACGGUUUGGGAUGGGAGAGGUAUCACGAUGGCGAUCCUGACCUCUUCCAAUUCCACAAACACUCUUCCAUUGAUCUGAUUUCACUUCCAAGAGACUUCUCCAAGUUCAAUUCCGUCUAUAUGUACGAUAUUGUCGUGAAAAAUCCCAAUAUAUUCCACGUUCGCGACAUUUGA